AUGGCGCGCGACGAGGUCGUCGACGAUGUUGACGUCAACAUGGAGGAGGACGAUGCCGAGGCCGAGCAGCGCCUGAUCAACGAAGAGUACAAAAUCUGGAAGAAGAACAGCCCGUUUCUCUACGACAUGAUGCUCAGCACCGCCUUGGAGUGGCCUACCCUCACGACACAAUGGUUCCCCGAUGUGAAGAGCCCCAAAGACAAGAGCCAUACCGUCCACAGACUGCUUCUCGGAACCCAUACCGCUGAGGGCAAGCCCAACUACCUCCAAAUCGCCGAAGUCGAGAUUCCCAAGAUGGUCGAGCUGAAUCCCCGCGACUACGACGAGGAGCGCGGCGAGAUUGGUGGCUAUGGCAGCAAGGCCUCUUCCGGAGAGCCCUUGUGCAUUCGAUUCAAGAUCACCCAGAAGAUCGACCACCCUGGCGAGGUCAACAAGGCCCGCUACCAGCCCCAGAACCCCGAUAUCAUCGCCACCCUUGCUGUUGACGGUCGUGUCCUGAUCUUCGACCGCACAAAGCACAGCAUCACGCCCUCCGGCACGCCUAGCCCUCAACUUGAGCUGAUCGGCCACAAGGAGGAAGGCUUCGGCUUGAACUGGAACCCGCACGACGAAGGAUGCCUGGCCACCGGCAGCGAAGAUAAGACCGUUCUCCUGUGGGACCUCAAGACCUACGAAGGUACCAGCAAGCAGCUCAAGUACUCUCGCAAGUACACGCACCAUAGCCACAUCGUCAACGACGUUCAGCAUCACCCCAUGGUCAAGUCAUGGAUCGGUACCGUCUCGGACGAUCUCACUCUCCAGAUUCUCGACGUCCGCCGCCCAGAGACCGACAAGGGAGCCAUUGUCGCCCGUAACGGUCACAGUGACGCCAUCAAUGCUUUGGCAUUCAAUCCCCGUGUAGAGACGAUCAUUGCGACUGCUUCCGCCGAUAAGACAAUUGGUAUUUGGGACAUGAGGAACAUGAAGUCCAAGGUCCACACCUUGGAGGGCCACCAGGAUGCGGUUACCUCUCUUGAGUGGCACCCGACCGAGUCGGCCGUUCUGGGCAGUGGCAGCUACGAUAGGAGGUUGUUGUUCUGGGACAUCAGCCGUGUCGGAGAUGAGCAAACCCAAGACGACGCUGACGAUGGUCCCCCGGAGCUGCUCUUCAUGCACGGCGGCCACACCAACCACCUAGCCGAUUUCAGCUGGAACCGCAACGACCCCUGGCUGGUGUGCAGUGCUGCCGAGGAUAACCUCCUCCAGAUCUGGAAGGUGGCCAACAGCAUUGUUUCCAAGGAGCCUGCGGACAUGUCUACUCCCGAGCUCGACGACCCGAAACCAAAGCAGUCUAAGAUACAACAGCAACAAGAGGAACAGCAACAGGCGCAUGACAAGUCCGCGGAGCAAGCCGCUACCAUUGGAUCCAGGACGGAAAAGGGUAAAGGUAAAGAAGCACCCAAGGAGGGCUCGAGGUUACAAGAUGGAACAAGCGGCAGAGACAACGGGGAUGGGGACGAUGACUCGGAAGACACCAGCGCUUCUGAGCGAAAGGGACGGGGCAAGAGUAAAGGCAUGUCGGUCUACGAGUCCUACUUGCGAACGGUGGAGGAGGCAAGGAGAGCAGCGCAAAUGACAGGCGCAGAACGGCACCGGAAGACGCGCUCACGCACAACAUUUGGCGCGGAAACACAGCAGAAGGAAAAGCAGCAAUAG